AUGUCGGCUGCCACAGCCUUCUCGUACGCGCAAGCCGCGAAGGGCCGCAAUGCCGCCCAGCCAGAUGCUCAGUCCACUGCGAGCCCUGCGCCCGUCGACCCGGUCAAGGACGACAGCAGCUCUGUGACCACGGCUGCAGAUGCCUCAGCAAAGACUUUCUCGACUACGUCUGAGGUCUCCGAGUCUGUCAAGAGCUCCGAGGUGGACCUCGAGUCUGUCGCCUCGAAAGCCCACUCAGAGGUCGUCAACGCCGUCGAUUCCGACGGCUCGGCUGCUUCCGCCAAGUCCGAAUCCACGCUCUUGGCUCGCCAAGAUGAGGCAUCCAAGACGAGUUCGCAGGGCACAGCAAGCGACAAGAACUCCCGCACGUCCAACCGCUCCAACGAACCUUCAGAUUCAAGGAAAGCGCGUAAGGGCAAGAAGGGCAAAAAUUCAGACAAGGAUGCCGAGGGCGAUCAAGUACAGCAGGAGCAGGAGAAAGAGGUCGUCCCUGUGAAGCUCACCGAGGCUCUGCCCCCGGCAGUGAACGUAUGGCAGGUGCGGGCCGCUGCUGCGAAGGCAAGUAAGCCUAGUGGGACUACAUCCCCAGCAGGCACCGACGCAUCGAACAAAGCCGUCCCUCAAGACUCGAGCAAGAGUUCCAGCAGUGCUGAGGGUGUCGACACCAAAGACUCCGAGACCGUUCGGCCCGGAAAGCCUGCUGAGGCAUCACGUCCGUCCAACGACCAAGGACCCCGUCGGAAUCCACGAGGGAGCAGGGCAAACGAUCAGGCCACGAAUGGCAACGUUCCGCCAGUUCAGGAUACUUCCCUUUGGCCAACGCCAGACACUGCUGCCGCUGAAGACAGCAAGCGCAAGGUUUCGUCCGACUCAGAUGCGCCCUCCAAGGACAAGCAGGAGGAAGGCGCGCAGACCAAGUCUGCCCGACCGAAGUACGUCCAGAAGCUGGAGAUCAACCACACUGUUAAGUGGGAAACCCAACUGCAACCACGCAAUGUGAGCAAAGGCCGCGGUGGUGGGCAAGGCGGCCGCAACUCUGUCGGCCGAGGCGGUCACGCUUCGAGCGCGAGCGUUUCUGGUGAUAAGUUGCAAGCCGCCACCGAGGCGCAGGUAGCCACCACUGCAAGCGACCCUCAAGGAAAGCCGAGGGAGGAUGCUCAACCACGCACCAACUCUCUACCAUUCGAGAAGAAGAAGUUCUCCGCUGAGGCCCGGGAUGCCCGCAAGACAUCAUCUUCGGCUGAGCGACGCGCCGGUGCUUCCGGCGACUACCACUCCACAUCCAAGGGAGAAGCAUCAAAGGCCUCGAAGGGCGAAUUCGGGCAGGGUUUCGGUGCACAGCAGGGCGGCUCCCGCGGUGAGGGUGCAGAAUCCGGAAGAAAGGAGGGAGGCUUCGCCGGCCACAAGGACGCAAGACCUAGGAGAGGCGCACAUGGCAACGGGCGAGGUGGGCAUAACGGAAGUCAGUCAUAUUCUCAACCGUUCCAAGGGAAUGGGCAUGGUGCUCGGUCAAGCACAUACAACCCCCCUGCCUUCACCAACGGGUAUUCUUAUGGAGGCCCUGGCUCAGGCCGAGCUGGCCGUGGUCGUCCUGCGUCAAUCAAUGGUUACAAGGGUCCGUCCAACGGGGCAGCCAAGUUGCCGAUGCAGCCUCUCAACACCGACUUCGGUCCUUAUCCUCCCUACGGCCAGGCUGCUCCCUUCUCUGCCUUCCCUGGGGCCUACCCACCUGACUACAACAUCCUCGUCCACACCACACUGAAGUCGCAGAUCGAAUACUACUUCUCUGUCACCAAUUUGCCCAAAGAUGUGUUCUUGAGGGAGAACAUGGACUCCCAGGGAUUUGUGCCGCUUGAGGUCAUUGCCGAGUUCAGCAGAGUCCGCCAAAUCUCGCAGCAGAACCUAAGCUACGUCCGAGAAGCAUGCAUGGACUCCGAUGAUAUUGAAUUCGUGGUGGGUGAUGGCAAGACCGAGCUCUUGCGGCGUCGUGAAGGUUGGGAGAAGUACGUUCUUCCCGAGGCAAACAGGAGGGAGCACGCUCGCAAUCCCGGCCCUACCACCUUUCAACACAAGUCAAGGCACAGUAUGCACAUGAGCACGCCAACCUAUCAGCAGGGCUCCGUGCCCUACCCCUACUCGGCAAUGUCGCCACCGGCCUUCGGAGCACCGUUUCACGGCGAGAUGUACCCGGGCUUUUUGAACGGAUCAGCCUACCACCAAGGGGUCAACGGCGGACCAGUGAAUGGACAACCUCGUGAUGAUUCCCAGCUGAAUGCUGCUGUGCCCGAGUUCGCACCUGGAAACGAUGUCACAUUCAACGGCUUCAACGCUGCACACCAACCACAAGCCGAUUGGGCAGAUGAGGCUCUGCAAGCAGCCACAACCUUUACGGAUGAGCAGGUAGCCAAGCUGCAUGUUGUUCUUCCGGGACAGUCCAAGAAGUCCCAGGAUGCUGGAAAGCUGCCCAACGGAGACACCCCCGAUGGCACUGAGGACAGCAAGGGCAAGGGUGCUGAGACCAAUGGAGUCCAUGUUGGCCCAGAUGGAUCCAAUACGCCUGAGCUAGGUCCGGUCACUGGUGAAGCCGCUUCAAAUUCUCCUGCGUACUACCGUUUUGAUGGUUCACUUGCGCAAACUUCUGGUGAUAAGAUCACCGAGAAGUAUGUGGAUGUACGAGCGAGAGGACUGGAACUGCGUCAAUCUGCAACCCCGGGAGAUGUUCCGGAUGACAUGAAGAGACUAUACAAGUUCUGGGCAAUUUUCUUGGCGCAAAACUUCAACCCCAGCAUGUACAGGGAUUUCCGCCAGCUUGCCCUCGCAGACGCAACAUCAGAAGCUCCUAGCAAGAUUGGCCUGGGGUACCUGCUCCAGUUCUACACCAGCGUGCUGCUCAAGAGCGGCGAAACGGCCAUCUGGAUGCCCGAGCAUCCAAUCUACAAGGUGCUGGAAUUGGACUUCCAUAGCUCACAGGCAUUUACAGGCUUGGUUGCCAGUGCUGAGCCCCAAGUCUAA